UGUACUAUUUCCGUUUGCGUGCUGGAGCUCAAAACAUGGAGCAGAAUAAUGGAGAUGGGAACUUGGCCCAGGUUCGGCAUGUUGUUCUGGUGCUGUCAGGGAAAGGAGGUGUGGGAAAGAGCACCAUCACCACAGCGUUAGCCCUGGCUCUCAGGCAUGUAGGAAAAAAGGUUGGUAUCCUGGACGUUGACCUUUGUGGGCCCAGUAUCCCCCAGAUGCUGAGUGUGGGCCGGCCAGAGGUGCACCAGUGUGACUCAGGUUGGGUACCAGUUUACACAGAUCCACAGAAGAGUCUGGCUCUUAUGUCCAUUGGUUUCCUGAUGGAAGACCCAGAUGAAGCUGUGGUGUGGAGGGGGCCAAAGAAAACAGCUUUGAUUGGCCAGUUUGUGUCAGAUGUUGCCUGGGGGGAGCUGGAUGUGCUGCUGGUGGACACACCACCCGGGACGUCCGAUGAGCACCUGGCUGUACUUGAAAACCUUAAAAAACACAAGGUGGAUGGAGCCAUUUUAGUCACCACACCUCAGGCUGUAUCAACAGGAGACGUGAGAAGAGAAAUCACCUUCUGUAAGAAAACAGGUCUUCGGAUCUUGGGAAUUGUAGAGAACAUGAGUGGCUUUGUUUGUCCGCACUGCUCGGAGUGCAGCAACAUAUUUUCAAAGGGCGGUGGUGAAGAACUGGCUGAGCUCACCGGAUCAGUGUUCUUAGGUUCAGUACCUUUGGAUCCUCUUCUCAGCGCCAGUUUAGAGGAAGGAAAAGAUUUCACACGGUCGUUUCCGGACAGCGCCACAUUCAGCGCCAUCAGCAAUAUUUCUCAAACUUUGCUCAAGGGCCUUGAAACAGAUUCCGUUUAGGUGAAUUGUAAUUUUUUUUUGUUACAUUUACCACGUGUCUGAAAAAAAUAAAGC